AAUUCCUCCUCGACAUCACCAUGAAGUUAUUCAUUUCGUGCAUUUUGUUCGGAUGCUGCGAAUUUGCAAUUGCGUCCGGUGUAAAAAACAGCCCCGUUUGUGUCGAGAACUGCACAGUAAAAAUUUCCACCGAACGGUUUCCAAUAAACGCUUCCACUCCGACCGGAUCGAAUGCAACAGAUGCGGAGCCAUCAUCCUCCAUCGACAGCCAGACAUUCGAAUACAGAAAUAUCGCCGAGCCGUCUGCGAGAAAUUCCGGCCUGUCGUUCAUCGACGUUCCCAAAGGAGACGAUCCGCGCCUCCAGGAAUUGCGCCUCGACGAGGAGUACUCGAUAUUCGGAGCGUUCUCCACGCUAAUGGGAUUCUUACAACCGACCGGAUUUCCGGCAGAUAUUAUAAGAGACGUGGUGAGAAAUCGGCUUCCGCUCUAUCUGCUCGUUAUACAGGCCCUCAAAGCGGACCUAACCGUCGUAGUCUGGAUAAUAAUUUGGGCCGUAGUGUCAUUAUGCUUUCCGAUGGUCCUGGCCGGCCAGCUGUGUUGUCCAGACGGCGCCGAGCGUCUCGACGACGACUACUCCAUCGGCCCGUUCCGCUCCUCCUCGAAAUGCACGGAAAGAUUCUCGGGAUAUUUACUUCACGCUCUCCUGUUUCUCCUAAUCCCGCCCGUCGUCCUCGCUUUGGCCGGCAACGAGCAAAUCGCCAGAUCGAUAUCCAGAGCUCCGCUGGUCAACGAUAUCAUCUACGGCGAUUUGGACGCUUUCGUUAGAAACACUCACAUGCAAAUGUCUUUUGUCGUCUCCUCGUCGACUGAUGUUACCGUCGAAAGCAUCCGGAAGGAUCUGGAAGAAAUCGAGGUGCUUUUGGGCGAGCCCAUGCAACAGGAACUAGCAGUUGAAGCCGGUAUAGACCUGGCUCUAAUAGAAUUAGACGAAUUGAGAUUAUCCGCAGGAGCCGUUCUAUCGACUGUAUCGGAUCUGCUGGUCGAUUGCACGUCGGCUAAAGUCGCUGGGAUCCUGCUGGAGGAUAAACUGCAGGACAUAUCCCGUCAGCUUACCGUGGCGAAGCAGCAAUGCAACGUGAAGGACAGACCGUUGUGCUACACCUUGCAGUACACCGGCGUCGAAGUGGCCGCGUUCGAGGACCUGACGAACGAUCCGAAAAUCAGACAUCUGGACACCCUGGCCCGAGAAGCGGGUUUCAAUGGCACCGUCGACGCGGCACGGAAAACUUUCUCCGGCAUUCCCCGACGAGUUUCCCUGGAAACCGCCUCCUUUGUAACAGAGGCAAGAAACGCGCUGAGCAGGAAGAGGACCGAUGUGUACAAAUCGGUCCGCGGUCUGGACGUGCUCGCCAGGUCGCUGUCGGGGGCGCUGCGGGCCCGGCGCGACGCCAACGCGAAGAUCGCCCGGUUGGCCGCUAAUUGGGAUUUUUGGAGAUGGGCGGUCGUGUUGGCGAUAACAUCGUUCGCGGCCUUAUCGUGGAGCAUCGUAUUGUGCGGCGCUCCUUGCGGAUGCGGCGCCACAUCCAGGACAAUUACUCUGUUACUAUCGGGCACAAUCAUCGCUUCGUUGACUUCGCUGUUCGUUUGGGCGCUGGGAUCGCUAUCGGCGCUGCUCGGAGGACACGGACAAGCGUUCCUGUGCAAUCCUUUGCACGAAGCUCCGUCCUACGAAACGCUAAGCGAAUUAUUCGAUUCCGGCGGAGCAAUUUACGAAGAUGGAAUUUUCGGCGAGUUCUCCUACGGAAACAACACGGUUCCACUUAGCGCGGUGUUGAAGCAAUGCCAACGAUACUCCACAGCUUACCGAACGUUCCGCUUGAACAACACCAUCGACAUAAAUCGAAUAGUAAACUACAAAGUUUGGGAUGAUCUGAACGAGCUCUUCUCGAAUUUCACCGAGCAAGAAUUCCCGCUGGAAAUACUCAGCCCUUCGUUGCAGAUAACCUUGCAGGGUUUAUCCAGCGCCUCGUCCAUCAAUCUCACCUCGUACAGACUGGAGGCGGCCGGGCCUCCGCUCAAAAAGGACCUCGACUCCUUCGCGGAGCAACUGAACACCGUGGCCCGGCAAUUGAGCGACGCCGCGACCGCCAGGAAAAUCGACAAUAUCGCUUUCCUGGCCAGGAAAAUCGUCCAGAACGAGCUGAAGAAGAUCCGGGAUAUCAGGCACUCGAUCGCGUACAGGAUAACCGCCUUGGAGGUCCUGCUGCCGCCUCUAAACAAAAAAGUGGAUCGAUCGUUGGGGAGCUUGAAGAAUGUACAAUUCGUUUUGGAUAAUAACGGAACAGGGAUAGCUCGGAUGGUGAGAAGGCGGUUCGUGGACCGAUUGAGGACCUACCUGGACGAGUUAUUCGCUUACGUCAGCGACAAGGCGACGAGGGAAAUAGGAAAAUGCCGGCCGCUGUGGGAGAUUUUUCGCGCCGCUCGAUUUUACGUUUGCCGAUUAAUCGUGGAUCCGGUGAACGCCAUAGCAUUUUCUUGCUUCUCGAUACUAAUCAUCUUCAUCGCACUGGCACCAGUAACACUGAAAUUAGUAAAUUACUAUCGACAAUACGACGUGGAAUUAUCAUCGAUAUCAUCCAGGAACGGAUUGCUGCACGUGGACAACGCCUGGGCUUCUCCGACCUCGGGGACGCCGCCAGAAAUACAAUUAGAAGAAACGACGCCACCUGCGCCCUUCGAACGACCGACUACGUCGUCUUGGACCGGCCCCACUUCCCCCAGGGAGAGUCCUCCGCAUCGAAUACCACCACCUCCAAGACCACCCCCAACAAACAGCCGCUUAUAUCCUUCAAGAACUCCGGAAGUCCCCAGAAUCUCAACGAAUAGAUCACCAGCACGUAAGCUCUCGGCAAUAUCAUCAAGGAUUUCGAGAGCCAGGCAGAUCACACAGAAGACAAUAAUAUCUGGACCGAGGUCACCCAGAAGAGGUCAGAGGAACCAAGAAACGCUAGGAUUAGUGGAACCUAUUUGCUGGAAAGCCGGGUCUACAACUCCUAAGAGCUGGAUAUAAAUAACGUUUGAAGUAUCACUGUGUUCUUGAUUAUUUUUAUGAAUUAGUGUACACUAAUUAAACGAAUUUCUUUGCGAAUUGCCAACCCUUUGAUUUAAAUUAACUUUCAAAAUGAAUACACUUGUGCAACAAUAGUUACCAACUCAUCCAAUAAACUAUAACGUAACAUGCAGGCGUAAACGUUACGUUAUUAAAAAUUUAUUAAUGUAGGUAUAUUAAGCGAGACGGUGACAAAACGAGACGUUCGUUAACUCAUAAAUCACAACCUAGACCUUCGCGAAUUUGAAAAAAUGAAAGUGAUUCCGACUAUAAAAGCCAUUAAAACAUCCGAAAUUGUAUCAGUCUUUCGAUCAACUGAAUACGCACACCAUUAAAACUGCAACAAUGGCUUUCAAAGUAAGUCUACAAUUUUUUUAUUGCAUUAAUAGAGCAAGUUACUAUUUAAAUGGGUCCAAAGACUUACCUCAAAAUAAGACAAAAUUAAAGGGUUAUAACAAUGAAUAAUUUAUUAUUUUUUUUCUAGUUCGUAGUUUUCGCUGCCACCCUGGCCUGCGCCUAUGGAAGUAUCGGCGAACUUCCCUUAGCCUCUCCAGUGGUAUCCUCCUAUGGAUCACCAUUGGCGUACUCUUCGCCCGUCAUCGCGCCGGCCAUUUCCAAAUCGUUGGUCAGCACCUACACCAGCCACUCGCCAGUGAUCUCUUCCUACGCAGCACCGGCGCCAAUCCUAACCAAAACCCUAGCUCCUGCUCCGAUCGUCUCCAGCUACUCCGCUCCCCUCGUAGCCAAAGCCAUCCCCGCGCCUCUGACCUACUCCGCUCCAUUGACCUACUCGUCUCCUUUGACCUACUCCGCUCCUCUUUUGACCAAAGCGAUCCCCGCUCCAUUGGCCUACUCUGCUCCUGUUGUGGCUAAAUCUUUGGCCGGUCCUUUGAGUUACUCGGCUCCUUUGAGCUACUCGUCUCCUUUGGCCUACUCUGCUCCUGUUGUGGCUAAAACUUUGGGUGCUCCUUUGAGCUACUCGUCUCCUUUGGCCUACUCUGCUCCUGUUGUGGCUAAAACUUUGGGUGCUCCUUUGAGCUACUCGGCUCCUUUGGCUUACUCGGCUCACGCCGCUCCUUUGGCUUAUUCGGCCCACGGUGCUCCGAUAGUGUCCAGCUACGCGGCCUCUGCGCCCAUUAUUUCCGCUUACUAGAUGCAGGAAUAGAAUAUAGUUUGAGUUUCUU